CGACACUCCCACACGGAGCAUUAAAGGUGUAUUUAAAGAAGCCAUCGAGAGCGACACCUAGAAUUCUGCACUGCACUUGAACCCUUCCCUCAAAAAUGGUGAAUGUACAGCUUGUGUUUUUCCUCAUCACCUGUUUGCCAUUCACUGUUUACAGUGAAGGCUCUGUAGACUACUGCUAUACCUUGCCAGCAUGCAAUGCAAGCAUGUGGUCUACUUUAUCACCAAAAUACUGCAAUGGUACUCGCCAGUCUCCCAUCAAUAUCGUGACCGCUGAUGUAAAGGCUGAUAUAAACUUGACAGCGUUCAACUUCACUGGCUUCAAUGACAGUUCCCACCUCAUAAACAUUGAAAACACUGGAAAGUCAGUGAAAAUUCUUUCGGAUGCUUUGAACAUUGGCGUGUCAGGUGGAGGCCUUCAGAGCCAGUACAAUACCACUCAGCUGCACUUCCACUGGGGUAACGGCUCCUCUAUCAAUGGAUCAGAACACACCGUGGAUGGACAACAAUAUGCAAUGGAGAUGCACAUAGUGAAUAGUAGGGCUGAUUUAAAUGCCACUGCUGCUCUCAGUGACUCAACAGGAUAUGCUGUUCUUGGUUUCUUCAUUGAAGCAACCAAUGACACUGGCAAACCAGAAGUCUGGAAGAACCUCACGUCGCUCUUAGCAAAUAUUACUAAAGAAGCUGCCUCAGUGGACAUUAAAAAUCAAUUCACAAUUGACAGCCUGCUUCAAGGAGUGGACCGGACAAAAUAUUAUCGUUACCGUGGCUCUCUGACCACGCCGACUUGUAACGAAAAUGUGGUGUGGACUGUAUUUAAAGACACAAUCAAAGUCAGCAAAAAUUUGAUCGAUCUCUUCAGCUCCACAGUGCACACCAAUACCACGACCGAUCCUUUCAUCAUCACCAACUACAGACCGGUUCAGGCUCUCAAUGGUAGGGUCGUGACAUCGCAACCGACGACAACCGCCGCACCCAGCACAAUCCCAUCGAGUGCACUUCAUCACACUCUGUCUGUCAGCACGGCCCUCCUCUGCUUGGCCUUGUUUCGGUGUUUGUUGAUGGGAAAAUGGCAGGAGCCAAUUAAAGAGGCGUGGCUAAAACUAGGCUAUGGUUUAAAAGUGGGCAAUGAAAACUCCCUGCAAUAUGAAGGAAACCAAACCAGUCAAAUCCAAGUUAGUAAAAUGGUCUUCUUGUUGCUUCUGUACCUCUUUGUUGUUUGGUUUCUCCCUGUGGCCACGAGUGCUGAUUCCUCAAAAGCUUGGUGCUAUAAGUUUCCAUUAUGUGAUGAAUCAACCUGGUCUUUAAUCCCCAAAGCAUACUGCAAUGGAAGCCGCCAAUCUCCUAUUAACAUUGUGACAAAUGUCCAGGCUGACGUGAACUUAACAUCAUUCAAAUUCACUGGUUAUGAUGAUGGCACGGUCAUGAGUGAAAUGGCUAAUACUGGCAGGGAUGUUAAGGUCACAUUAAAUCAAGACCAGAUGGUGGUUCAAGGUGGAGCGCUUCCUGGCAUUUACCAUAGCCAGCAUUUCCACUUUCACUGGGGCAACGGCAGCUCCACGCCUGGAUCUGAGCACACUAUAAAUAGCAGAAGAUUCUCUAUGGAGCUGCACAUAGUGAAUAUUAAAGCAGGAUACAGUUCGACUGUAAGUGUCCUCAAAGAUCCAAAGGGGGUUGCUGUUCUUGGUUUCUUUGUUGAGGCGACAAGAGACACUGGUAAGCCCAACAGCUGGAAGACCUUAACCUCCUACCUAGCAAAUAUCUCUAAAGCAGGUGACUCAGUAACAAUCACGGAGAAUCUUACCAUGGACAGUUUGCUUGAAGGAGUGGAUCGGACUAAAUAUUACCGCUACUUGGGCUCUCUGACCACACCACCUUGUAAUGAAGCUGUUGUGUGGACUGUCUUUAAAGAUCCUAUUAAAGUUAGCCAUGAUUUGGUUAAUCUUUUCAGUGCUAGUGUGUAUUUCAACAAGACCAGGACCCCUCACCUAAUGACUAAUAACUUCAGGCACACUCGGCCCAUAAACGACAGAGUUGUGACCUCUCAAGACCGAAGAACUAAAGCAAGUGGGCAGUCAAAUUCAGCUGACAUCAAUGUCUACAGUAUCUGUAUUGGACCAGAAACCAGGAUGUUUUGGAAUUUCGUACCUGGUUUAAGAAGAAUGAAAGUUUUUUUUAAAGACAUUUAUUAAGUUCUGUAUUUUUAGCUUUUUAAUUUAUUGUACUUUUUUUUUUUUUUUUUUUACUGUGCAAACAUCAUGUGGCUCUAAACAAGCCUGAAAUAUUUUUAUACACUUAAAUUAUUACAGUUGUCGUCUGAUACUUAAAACAGUAAUGCUGACCACUGCACAUUUCAAAUAAAAUCACUUUAAAA